AUGCUGGGCCCGGCGUCGGAUAUUGUGCAGAAUGAAUGGGCCGGCCGGCUUCAAAUCGUUAUGGCGUGCGGCGAGGAAUCGGCCGAGAUCUUCCGCAUCUUCCACGGCGACAUCCACCAUCUGCUCCGUGGCACCAACACGAGGCUAAAGGCGUGCAGCGAUAGGCUCUCCGAUAGCCUCGGCACCGUGCGAGCCCUUCGCAGGGCAGUGGAAGAGCAUGAGAGCAGCCAGCGGCGGAGGCAAAAGGAGUUGUUGGCCGAGGUCGCCAAGCUCCGCGCGGAACUACAGCAGCAACGCGAGGAAAACAAACGACUCGUGUCAACCGCGUCAGGCCCCGCCUACGAUGAACACGUGGUUCGUGCCUUGUCGAGUUCGUACGAAAAUGAGUUGGAGAUGCUGCGCACGCAGAUUGCGACGAUGAAGGUCGAUUGUGUGGACAGUCAAUUAUCGAGCGCCUGGCUGAGAAAUGAAUUAACCCUUAUGGAGCACUCCGUGCCGUCUUUUUCGCAUGCCGAGGCCACGCCCGCUGGCGCCAUCCCGGACGGCGCGAAUGACUUUGCGGAGGCUAAAGGCAAACGCCUGACUUCGCACUCGCCGUGGGUGUUGCGUCCAUCUAUCGAUCGGUCCCCGAAAAAACACAACUGUCCUCCGGUGGACACGAGUUGUAGCCUCGAAAGUGAACGCAUAAUACGACAGGAUUACCUUUUUCUGAAGCUUGCACGUCACUGGAGCCGUCUCUAUUGCGUGCUGAGCCAAACGAAGGCACUUUUGUUCUUCGACAGCCCUAAUGACGUUUCACAGACCCGCCACAUCGUUACUCUCCACUCGAUCAAGCGUGUGAGACCGGUGUCUUCCCCGCCACAGACAUUUGCGAUACAACUUGAGCACGACAAGGCGACAGGGGGCCAGUGCGUAGAAAUUGCUUUUAGCGACAAAACUGAAAGAUCCUUGUGGCUCUUCCUGCUGAUCACCCAAAUUCCUCGGGCUGCGAACCAGAGAAGCGCCACAUGA